UCAGACUCACUCAUCUCUUUAACAUACAUAAACACUGCAUCCUCGAGGCCAGAGGAUCGUGCCCACACUCUCCCCCUGCACGGCUCUGAUCCACUCAGAGCCAUGCAGUCCUUCUUUUCCAGCUCGGCAAAGCCGGCGCGUCCGGCCCUCGUCUCCACCGUCACCGUCAAGAAGAAGGUCGUCCCCAAACCUGGUAGCAGCGGCAGCUCUGGGCCGCUGAUAACCAAGGCCUCGAGCUCGACAUUACUCAGCAAGCCCAAGGCUCCGACCUCUUCCUCCUCUUCCUCGGCAAAGCGACCUUCGCCGGGCCUCAAGAGCGGCGCCGCAUCGGCAGCGCUCUCUCCGCGGUCCGCAGGCUCAGGCUCCGGAUCGCCCGCAGCUCGGCGCCGCAAGCCGACCGCGCCGCAGCGCGUGCUCCCCGAGUCAUCGGACGAUGAGAGCAGCGACGACGCGCUCGCUCCCAAGCGCCGCCGCGUGAACGGCACCGCCGCGAGCGGGAGCACGCCAGACGCCGCGGGCGAGGGUGACGUCGGCCGAUCCGUGUUUUGCCCCACGCGCACCGACGAGCGCGGCGAGUGGGGACGCGGGUACGCCGGCUUCGUCCCGUGUGAGCACGCCGUCCGGGGCACCGUGGUGGGCUGGGCAGGUGGCAGCAAGGAGGGCAAGGAAGGCGAGCGCGAGAAAUACCAGGCUUACUUUCCCCAAGAGGGUUUCGAGAAUACCGAGCCAUUGCCUACCGUGGAGCUCCGAUACCCCUCUGGGGCAAAGGAGAAGUUUGUUCUCCUCACACCGAUAUCUUCACGCGAGUACAACCCGAUGAGCGAGCUGCGUAGCGCGCUGCGUUUUAUUCUCAAGCAUUACAUACCCCCAUCUCAUGCGCACAUUUUUGGAUCUUUGGAUACAACCGGCGAUAUCCACUCGAGUGUUCCAUCUCGGAUCCACUCUCCGGCGCCUGGAUCGCUCACGACUCCACCGCCGGAUGGUAUGUCACCUCAGCCGCACACACCCCAGGAGACGAUUGGUGAUGCUCUUCGCCGAGCACUUGCACCCAACCGCCGUGAUGGACCAGGACUGCUCAAGGCCGUCGAGCGGCUCAACUCGGCGCUGGACGAGAUUGCGUCCGAUGGCACCAUGGCUGCAUGGCUCUCGAGCCCGCAGUACCGCAUGUCACGGCGUGACUGGUCCGGGUUUGUCGAGUUUGUGCACGACCAGUCGUACUCGCGCGUCGUGGCGCCGUUCUCCGACCAGCUCGAGCACCACCCAAAGCACCCGGACGAGGUGGCAGCGGCGAUUAGCGAGAAGGAGGACGCGUACGGCGAGCUGCGGCACAACUUUAUGAGCAAGGUGAUUGAGCAAACCGAUCUCGGCCCCGACUCGGUGUUCGUCGACCUCGGCAGCGGCGUCGGAAACUGUGUGGUUCAGGCUGCGCUGCAGGCAGGCAGCCGGAGCUACGGGUUUGAGCUGCUGCCGGUGCCAUCACGCUGUGCGCGCCUCCAGCUCCGCGAGUGCCAGCGCCGCUGGGCAAUUUGGUGCCUCGAUGGUAACACCAAGGCCGAGGUGCACGAGGGCGACUUCAGGAGACACCCGUCAGUCGUCAAGAGCUUGCGCGACGCCGAUGUGGUGCUGGUCAACAACGAGGUUUUCCCCUCGUCGCUCAACCACGAGCUGACCGACCUCUUCCUCGAGCUCAAGGAGGGUGCGACGAUUGUGUCGCUCAAGCCGUUCGUGCCCGACGGGUUCAGGUUGAACGACGGGAACUACAACUCGUUUGCUGCGAUUCUUCGCCAGACGUCCCACACGUACUACCCCAACUGGGUGUCGUGGAAAGGGGACAGCGGCAAGUAUUAUGUCCAGGUUGUCGACAGGAGCAUCCGUGCGCGCUACGACGAGGAGCAGAAGCAGCGCCGGAGGAGGGAGUGAGCUGUUGGAGGGUAGGGGUGCUGUGUCCGACUUGAUUUUCCGUUGUCAUGUCAUGCCUCACAUCUGUGAUUAGUUCAUGCAAUUGCAUUGUUGUA